AUGGGUUCUGUGUCGAAUACCGACGCAACGCUUCCCGACGCUGUGGUUCCAAAACGUGAGUCUAGUAUCGACAGAUAUUCGUCGGACUCAGCCUCGACACCCGGCCAGGCUGAGUCCACAGGGGAUGGGUCUGGACAGCCAUCGCAAGAGCCUGUUCCAGCUCCCAAGCGCAAAGGUGGUAGAAAGCCUAUAUAUGCGACAUCAGAAGAACGAAAGCAAAGGAACCGCCAAGCUCAAGCGGCGUUCCGUGAACGACGAACUGAGUACAUCAAGCAGCUCGAGACGACCAUCCAGCAUCACGAAGAGACUCUGCAAAAUCUCCAACAGAGCCAUCGUGCUGCCGCAGACGAGUGUCUGAUGCUGCGUUACAAGAACUCGCUGUUAGAACGCAUUUUGCUCGAGAAAGGCAUCGAUGUCCAAGCGGAACUCGCUCUCAAGGGGAGCCCUAACCUACGGCCCCAUCGCGCGCCUCCUACCACAGGCCAGGCUUCGUCCAUGCAGAAGGCGAUGUUGAAUCGUCAGCAGCAAGCUAGGCAUCGCCCAGCAAUGGCUCCUCCCAUUCAGACUGUAAAUCCAUCUUCCCAGAUUGGUGGACCACGCGGUUUCGCAGGCUCACCGGCAGCGCAGCCUACUCCUCCGUCACACCAUUCCUCUCCCUCCACAGCAAGAUCACCUGGUUUUGCUUUGCAGGGUGGAAUGGCGUCACCUGCAGCAGAUCUGGGAGCCCAGCAAGCCCACCACCAGCAGCAGACCCGGCCUUUACCGCAACACAACGCUUUCUCGUCGCAGCCUAGGCACUCGUCACGGGGAACUCCUCACUCAGACACCUCGCAGGCUUACCCACCCCGAACCCAGCCGAACCCUAUAAUGCAGGAUAGUUACUAUCCAGCUUCAUUCCAGAAGCAUUAUACCCAACUCGGCAAGCUGACCCCUUUCUUAUUUUCCCUUCACUGCUUGUGGAGCUUUGUUCAACAGGAAUACGAUGCGCAAGCCGACAUGAUGGACGAUAUGGACGGCGACGACGUCGAUACGGACAGCUUCAUCCCGAACUUUCGACUGCCUCCGACGACCUCUACAGCAGGCAUGCCCAUGGGUAUGCAAGCAUCACCUCCGAUGACGACCAGUGCCGCAAGUGACGGCGGUGGCAGUGGUGUUCUGAUCGAUCCCUACGAUCCAAUGUUGGAUGCGGAUCCUUUCGGUCUUACCGCCAGCAUGACGUUUCCGAAUCCCUAUACCUUUCCCUCGCAGCCUCGAAGAUGA